GUGCACGGACCACCAGUCACCACCUCCUGCCCUAGCACUGGGGCUUUGGAGGCGGUGCCUUGGAGGUGGUGGCAGCAGCUGGGUGUGCAGACAGGAAGAGACUCAGUCUGCCGAGAGAGGGGGCCCUGCUUUCCCCUGUUGCUGGGUCUGUGGUGGGCACGGUGGCGGCAAGCAUGGCCCCAGAGCUUCCACUGCUCCCCGUGCUGCUCACACUGGCCUGCACCCUGCUCGGGGUCCUGGCCACGCAAGAGAUGCAGCAGACCCCCCCCUACGUGAUCGCCCCCGAGGGCGGCUCCGCCAGCAUCACCUGCUGCAGCCGCGGGCCCCUGCUGGGGGUCUACCUGAAGCAGAGGUGGCCGGAACCCAGCAACGUGAUCUACUACGAAGACAACGUGCAGCCCACGGUGGACGAGCGGUUCCGCGGACGCAUCGUCUUCUCGGGGCGGCAGCACAACCUGACGGUCAUCAUGCACCGCCUGCGGCCGGCCGACGCCGGGGCUUAUGCCUGCCAGGCGGUCAUGAGCGACGAGGUCUGGGGCCCCGGCACCUUGGUUGUGGUGACAGACAAACUGUCCCCAGCAGCGGACACAAGCCAGGAGGCUUGGCUGAUGCACUUGGCCGUUCCCGUGGCCCUGGCCGUGGGCUGCUUCUUCAUCGGGUUGGGGCUGGGGGCAACGUGCGUGCUGCAGAGGACACAGAUCAAGAAGCUCUGCUGCCGGAAGGAUGAGAACUCGGCGUGCGUGGUAAGCAACUUCCUGGAAAUGAAAGUCAUCACCUCCAGCCAGCCUCCGGAGGCCCUUGCCCCAGCGACCAGAGACUAUGCCUGA